AUGGAUAAAGUGCUAUGUUGGAAUGUAAGGGGGAUCAACAGAAAAGAUAAACAAGCAGAUGUGAGAUCAAUGAUUCAUUCUCACACAAUAAAACUCUGUUGCCUCCUGGAAACAAGAGUAAAGUCAACCAAAAUGGGUGAUCUAUAUCUUAACAUUUUCCCAAAUUGGUGCUUUACUUCUAAUCUAAGUCAUCACAGAAAUGGUAGAAUUGUCCUAGCUUGGGACCCUGAUGUGUUUCAGAUGAACAUUAUCCAUACGGACAGUCAAAUGAUUCAUGGUUUUGUGAUCCCUAGAUACUCUAGAGUGGGAUUUUUUGUCUCUUUCAUUUAUGGGUUUAACCUUGCAACUGAGAGAGAACCAUUAUGGGCCACUUUAUGCACUCUGGCUGGCAUGAUCCACUCUACUUGGGUGAUCAUGGGUGAUUUCAAUGUUGUAAAAGAAAUAGAAGACAGGAUUGGCUCUCCUGUGAGACUGUCAGAUAUCCAGCCAAUGAGAAACUGCAUGGCUAAGUGUCAACUUACAGAAGUAAAAACCAUAGGCAGACUUUACACAUGGAACAACAAACAAGAUGGUGGUAUUAGGGUGUUCUCUAGAAUUGACAGAGUUCUCUCCAACUCUGCAUGGGAUGUUAUGUUCCCCAAUGCAGAAGCUUUAUACAUCCCUGAAGGCACCUAUGACCAUUGCCCCAUGGUUCUGAGUUCCUACCCCACCAUACACCAGAAGAAGCCAUUCAGAUUUUAUAACAUGUGGACAUCAUCAGAUGAGUUCAUACCCAUUGUGGAAAGGAACUGGUCAAAAUAUGUUUAUGGUUGUGUGAUGUUCAGAAUCAUUCAGAAGCUGAAAUGGAUCAAGCAUGAUCUGAAGCUCCUAAACAAAACUAGUUAUAGCAAUGUUGAGGCAACCACAGUUCAGAUGCAAGCCCAUCUGGCUGAGAUUCAGAAUAAACUUCACUCUGAUCCCACCAACAUGGAUUUAUCUACAGCAGAGAAGAAUGAUGCAGCUUCCUACAGGAAAGCACAAGACAACCUGUUGUCUUUCCUACACCAAAUGUCCAAAGUGCAUUGGCUUGAAAAGGGAGAUGAAAACACCAAAGCCUUUUAUCAGAGCAUCAAACAAAGAAGAAAAUACAAUACCGUCCACUCCAUUCAAAAUGUUGCAGGGGUGUGGGUGAAUUCAUCUAAGGAGGUCCAAGUUGCUUUCUUGGACUUUUACAGGAAUCUUUUUUGCUACAAAAAACACAACAGGAUCCCCAUCUAG